GCAGUCGUCGAACAUCUCGUCACUUGUAACCAGGAGCUCGAUUCCGAAUAACCCAUAGUUACAGGACUUCUUUUCCUUCGUUAAACGAUAUUCAAGAUGGAGUUCUACUCGGUCGUUUUGCUGGUUGUAACCAUCGCUGCGGUUAACAGUGCCGAGGUAGGGAAAUCGGUGCCGGAGAGUCUCGAAAAGCUGAAUAAAGGAGAACUACGAUACAUCAUUUCCUUACUGAAAGACGGAGUUCAGACCGAUGUGGUGGAUAGCGGAGCACGAGAUGAAUCGUUCAAGGAUUUGGCGGAGAAGCUAAGCAAACAUGAUGAUCCUCGCUAUGGAAUGAUCGACUACGAAUACCAAGAGAACGGAUCUCCAGUCACGAAACGAGUGCUGCUCCUCUGGAACCCGGAAGCCGCGACGCCAGAAGCAAAGAAAAUUUACCGCGACGCAUACAACGAGAAACAGGCUGCAGCAGCCGGAGCUGACUACUUUGUAGAAUUCAACAAGAAGAGUGAAUUGACUGACGAGAGCCUAGUUGCCAAACUGAAGGCAACUCUACCCAUUCCUAAAGCGUAAAGUGGAAGGAAGUAAUCUUAAGGGGAUGCUAUAGUCUGUUCUUACCGACUGCGUUAAAUGUCGUAUUCUAAAUGCAAUUCUCAACAAAAACACAACAAAAUAUUGUUGUGUGAUUUCAUUCAAAUUUGCAUCUAGAAUCCGGCUGUUGAAUCUUUUUUGUAUCCAUGAUCCGGGAACAUUUAGAGACAUCCAAGUCUACGUCGGAAUCGAGUAUAGCAUCCCUUUGAGAGAAUCACCGUACGACAGUGAAUCGGUGCAUAUAAUUACUUUUGGUAUAUUCAGUUCAAGGUUUUACUUAUCAUUGUAAUAGAAAUGUAUAAUCCGUGCGCAAAGUAGCUACUGAUGUAGCCACGCAUGCAUAACAAUAAAGCGUUUCCAAUUAAGCCA